AGGUAGAUCAGGACAUAGCCACCGUGGUGUUCAUGCUCACUCAGGCCAUCCAUCUUCCAGUACUGCCUCUGGCUCCCUUCCCUCCAAUAGACCAAACCCUAGUCACCAUCCAGGAGCCUGUUAUUUUGAGAAUUGUGGAAGAACUCCAGUCUCUAUACUUUCAGCAGAAAGUUGUCGGGCACAUGGAAAUUGUUUUAUGCCUGGUCAACGAGUACCCCCUCCACAUUGUUCUCAAAGCCAUAUUUAUCCUUCAGCACCAAGCCCUCAUCUGGCUUACAUGGCUACAGCCGCUGUUCACGCACCUUCGCCCCACCCCACAGCCAACCCCGUCCAUCCCCCAACUUUCUCAAAUUUCUUCAGCCCUGCCUUAGCUCAUAUUACUCAGGAUAUACAUUUAGCUUCCCAAGCUCAUUUGUACCCCCCAGGACUGGCAAGGUUUAACCCAGCUCAUCAUCACUUUUGGCAGGCACAGAGACGCAUGCAGGAAAUUCAAAGACAGAGACUACACCAUCAUACUGUAGGGUUUUAUAUGCAAAGACGACUUGUGGAAACUCCCAGUUCUGCGCACAGUUUUUACAUUUGCCCAGAUCCUCUUCCAGGAGUGACCACUGCUGCUAUGGGGUUCAUUCCCCCAGUUAGUAGUACCCCCACAAUGGCAGCACAUCCUCAGGGGAGCCAAGCCCAAAGUUGUCUUCCACAGCAUGCUGCUCAUGCUUACAUGCUGGGCCCUUGCCCAUCAAUGCCUGCUUCUAACCAUUGUGUCUCUGGGCUUCCAACUACCUCAUUAACCGGCCAAUCCUGUACUCACACUGUCCCUGUGUCAGUGCCAGCUCCUGCUCCUAUUCACCCACCCCCUGCUGAAAUUUUCAUUGAUCCAACAGUCAGUAUUCAAACAGAAAUAAUUAUUCCCAAUACAGGAAGUGACCAUAGCCACUCUCACAUUCAUCACCACAUUCAUCAGCAUCAUUACCACCAUCCUCCACCACCACGGCUCCGCCACUUUGGCUUGUCACCAAGUCUACAUUUUGAGCUUGCUCCUGGGAUUCCUGUGAGUCGCCCACCUGAGUUAUUUAGUAUCCCAGCUUUGCAAGAGCUUCCGGCUACAAUACAUCUUUUUCCUCACUACCUACCCUUCUUGCCUCGUCACAUGCAGGCUCGGCUGGAAGAUUAUGUGAGAAGUGUGGAACAGCGGAGGUUGGGAGUUAAUAGAGGAGCAUCCCAAGCAACAAUUGAGCAAAAUACGUUCCCAUACAAGUACAAAAAAAUACAACGAAGUUCACAGGGAAAUGAAAAUAUUGAGAAAUGUACCAUCUGCCUGUGUGAACUUGAGGAUGAUGAAAAUGUCAGACGAUUGCCUUGUAUGCAUCUCUUCCAUAUUGACUGCGUGGACCAGUGGCUCAUCACCAAUAAACGCUGUCCAAUUUGCCGUGUGGAUAUAGAAGAACAACUCAAAGAGUUUUCCUUGACCUCCUGACUGAUCCGUCCCAAGCCAAUGAGUCGCUAAGUUUCACUUGCUGCUCCAUUUUAAUAACUGCCUUUAUCUGUCUUCAUCAUGUUAGAGGUAUUCGGGUUUGGUUGGACAGAUUAAUUUCAUAGUGUCAAGCCUA